CUCGAGCUUAAUACUUAGGGAAUGCUGAUUUCCCUUCUUCCGUCAUUCCACUUUCUUACCCGCUCCAUCUCUUCCUGUUUCUACGCAUUUUCGAGUCAAUAAGAAACUGCAUUCGCAAGCGUAAUUCUUCUGCGCCUCACAAAGAAAAUACACCAGCAAGCAAUACAAACCUUAAAAAAUAAAAAAAAAUGGCCGAUAAGUCCUUCACCACCGCCGAGGUCGGCUCGCACAACAACGACGAGAAGGGCUACUGGCUCAUUGUCGAGAACAAUGUCUACGACGUCACCAAAUUCCUCGACGAGCACCCCGGCGGCGCAAAGAUCCUCAAGCGUUUCGCGGGCAAGAACGCGACCAAGGCGUUCUGGAAGUACCACAACGAGAGCGUGCUGGAAAAGUACGGCGGCAAAUACAAGAUCGGCAGCGUCCAGGAGGCUGCGAAGCUGUAAAAAAGGAAUAAACCAUCUAUUUAUGAUUUCAUUGUGUCAAGGUGGAGGAAUUGCUUUUUUCCUUGGGCGUUUUUUUGUCUUGUGAAACAGUAGACAGUUUGGAUACACAGCCUUUGGUGUCUGUCUGAAUGCGAAACCUGGGUUUUGUCCCGA